AUGGUUAUAUGUGGCGUCAAAGACUUGGCGUCUUCGGCUGCUUCAUGGUGGAAACCAAAAGUUUCGCUACUGAAGUAUUUGCAAGCGGCUGUAUUUUCGAAUUUCUUCGUUUUUCUGCACCAUCGUCCGGCACUGCAUAAAAUUCUGAAUUCGCUGAUUUUGGAUCCGCAAAUUGAAGUGCGUGAAGCCGCAGCGACGACACUCUCUGGCCUCAUUCAUUGCCAUUUUUUCGAUGUCGAUGAUUCUCUCAUUGUAAGUUUCAUAUGUUUUGCAUUUUGA